GCUGAGGUGGGAGGUGGACACCGUGUCUGGAGGAGACGGUUGGUGAGGUACAGGCAGUUACGAAAGGAGCGCCGAGCGAAAGCAUGGAAUAAAUUCACGAGAUAGACAACAUGAUCUGGCACCGAGUAAGCAAAAUGACAGAAGGCUAAUGAAAAGGAACAAAAAGCGCAAGCUAAGAGAUAAGUCUUCGAAAUUCGAAACGUGUUAAGACAACUGCCUCUUUCGACUCAAAAUGGAUCCCGGUGACUGUAAAAUCUCAGUAUGGGUCUGUCGGGAGGAGAAACUUGUGUCGGGACUGUCAAGGCGCACCACCUGUGCCGAUGUUAUAAGAGUCCUGUUGGAGGACCAAAACUUAAAGCAAGGUGCCUCUGCGGCGAUGCUCUCCAGCUCUCCCCAGUCAUACUGUAUUGUGGAGAAAUGGAGAGGUUUCGAGAGGAUUUUACCCAACAAAACCAAAAUCCUGCGUCUUUGGAGUGCGUGGGGAGACGAGCAGGAAAAUGUCAGAUUUGUUCUGGUAAAGAACGAUGCGUAUAUACCAAACAACGGACCGCGCAGCGCUGAGGCGCGUGUUGUGCCCAGUAAGGAAAGUCCGUGCGCGUACAAGGGCACGGCGAGAGUGACCAUGGCCCUCUCGCAGGAGAAACAACGCCGUAUAGUGCGAAAAGCUUUCAGAAAGUUGGACAAAAUGAACAAAAAGAAAGAAGAAGCUAUGUCCAAGGAUAAGUCUUCAGUCGAGAAAAUGGAAACACUAGUGCACCUUGUUAUUUCCCAAGAUCAUACCAUUCGACAACAAAUCCAGCGCAUCAGAGAACUGGACAGUGAAAUCGAAAGGUAUGAAGCAAAAGUUCACUUUGACAGAAUGAAAAGACAUGGAAUUAAUUACGUGCAGGACACAUAUUUAGUCGAUCAGAGUUCGGAUACGGAUUCGAAUGUAGAGCGUGAUGUGCCAUACACGGCGGAGGCUGUUGCACAGUUUGAGGAGUACGCGUCAAGGUGCGAGGAAGUUAUCAGACUUCAAGAGGAGCUUGCUGAGCGCGAGGCUCUCCUGGACAGCCUCACGGGUGAGAUUCAAGAGGAACUUAACCACAGGUGGAUGAGGCGUCGCCAAGAGGAGCUUUCCAGUGUAGAUACCGAGAGUUUAGCAGAGGAGAUGGCCAUCAAGGUAACAGCCUCUCCGGAAACAGACGCCGCUGCGCCAGAAGUAGACAAUUUAUCGGAAAAUGAAUUACUUUUGGAGGAAGAGAGAAUCAAAACGCAACUGGACACAAGUUUGUACAUUGGACUUCGUUUGAAUACAGAUUUAGAGGCUGUUAAGGGCGAUUUGGACAUGAGCCAGAAACUGUGGGAUGCAAAAGAAAAGGAGUUGAAGGAUUUGCUUGCGAAAGUCGACUCUUUGGAAAUAGAUGAAGCGAACGACGCAGAGGAAAACAAAGACGAACUCGUAGUCACUGAAACCGAGGGGUUGCCUUCUAUAGAAAAGAACAGUGAGUGGGUAGAACAAGCCCGUGGUCUCUCAAAGAGUUGUAACGCUAACGACGAUGAUUCGGACACCGGACUUAGUUCCAUGCAUAGCCAGGACUCGGAUAACACACCUGUUUGCGAAUCGUUAGUAUGACUACACCUGGGUGUGCAAACUUAAGGAACUAUGCGCCUCAAUCCAGUGACUCCCAUAUGUUUAAAGUUUCCUCUGAACAAACCGCAUGCAUUAAAUUAUUGAAGUAAAUAUGGACAGCUCACAAUUAGAUGCCUAUUCACAGAGCUAAUCGGUUAAAUGAGCAGCCACAAACAAGGCUUCACACCAAAUAGUGACUCAUAUACCAAUGCAUUUGUAGGAUCAUGUCUGUUAUCAGACUAUCGUGGGGAAAAUUGAAUUGUACGUGUACGUUCCGACUCUAUUUUCAGUGUAAAGAUCAGAUAUUACAAACUUAUUUAUUCUAAAUGUUUAGAGCAAAGAAAACCAAACGGCUGCAUUGUACUGCAGAUACAGAGCAUAACCGUGAGGACUUUGAUGCCAUUUAACGUGUACGUAAUCAUGUUGUGGAAUUAAAGUUAUCAAGGAAACGCA